AUGGCUCUUGCUCUCCUCUUGGCAGCAGUCCUGGGACUUCUUAUUCUCAAGGCUGUUUUGUUGCAGCUGAGGAAGCCCAGCUCCCCUCCUUGCAUCAGGAGCUGGAUCCCGUGGUUUGGAGCUGCGUUUCAGUUCGGGAAAGCUCCUCUGGAGUUUAUAGAGCAAGCUAGAAGGAAGCAUGGGCCUGUGUUCACAAUAUUCGCUGUGGGAAAACGGUUUACUUUUGUGACUGAGGAAGAAGGAACUGAAGCAUUUUUCAAAUCUAAAGACUUAAAUUUUGAGCAGGCAGUACAACAAGCUGUCGAGAAUGCAGUUUCUGUCCCUGCAGAAGCAUUUUAUCAGAACCAUGGUAACCUCUACAGCAUGAUGAAGGGAAAAAUGGGUCCUUCUAAUCUGCACAUGUUCACAGGCACUUUGUGUCAGGAACUACAGGAGCACAUGGCACAACUGGGCACAGAGGGCACAGGCGACCUCAAUGACCUGGUAAGGUGCAUCAUGUACCCAGCAGUGGUGAACACUCUGUUUGGGAAAGGCAUCUACCCGACAAGUGAGAGUGAAAUCAAGGAGUUUGAAGAGCAUUUUCAGAAGUAUGACGAGGACUUUGAAUACGCUUCUCAGAUGCCCGAGUGCUUUCUGAGGAACUGGUCUAAAUCCAAAAAAUGGCUUCUAAAAUUAUUUGAGAAAGUUGUGUUGGAUGCUGAAAGAACCAACCCUUCAGACACCGCAUCCAAGACACUACUGCAACAUCUCCUGGAUAACCUGCAAGGAAAACAUCUAGCUCCCAAUUAUGGUGUCCUAAUGCUCUGGGCUUCCCAAGCAAAUUCUGUUCCUAUUACAUUUUGGACCCUUGUUUUCAUACUCUCUUAUCCUUCGAUUCACAAGAAAAUCAUGGAAGACCUGGCUACUGUUUUUGGCAAAGCAGGUAAGGAUAAAAUAGAAGUCUCUGAAGAGGACCUUAAGAAGCUCCUUUUUAUUAAAUGGUGCACUUUGGAAGCCAUACGGCUGAGGUCUCCAGGUGCCAUCACCAAGAAAGUAGUAAACCCAAUCAAAAUUCAGAAUUUCACCAUCCCUGCAGGUGACAUGCUGAUGUUGUCACCAUAUUGGUUACACAGGAAUCCAAAAUAUUUUCCUGAGCCAGAAACGUUCAAACCUGAUCGUUGGAAAGAGGCAAAUUUAGAGAAGAAUGCUUUCUUGGACAGCUUUGUGGCAUUCGGAGGAGGAAAGCAUCAGUGUCCAGGAAGGUGGUUUGCUAUCAUGGAAAUCCAGUUGUUUGUUGUGCUAUUCCUAUACAAAUAUGAAUUUGUGCUUUUGGAUGCAGUACCAAAGGAGAGCCCUUUGCAUUUGGUGGGGACUCAGCAACCCGCGGCACCGUUCCGGGUCCAGUACAAAUGCAGGGAAUAA